AUGCGCAUCUUAUUGUUGUUGUUGACGUACAAUGCUCACGUGCUCGGGUUUUUCGGAUUUUCGAAACCAUCGCCUGGCUACCAUUGGAAAGGAAAACACCGUUCGGGCGAUGAGCUCACUGGAUAUAGAAAGGGUGUUAGUGUUACAGGAAGGGUAUUUGUGACGAUGUUCGGAUACCCUUCGAAAUGUGAAAGGAAGGGCGUAUCUCACUCUUGUACAUUGUCUUUUGCCUGUUGGUUGGUCGGCGGAUCCAGUCAGUCAGGAUGUGGUGCUAGUCCUUGGAUAGUAGCCUGCUGUGUUACUUCCAAAAAAUCCCAGAGUUCUUUAGAUGAUUUAGAAUAUAGUGACGACAGUUUCGACUCGAAUUUAAAAGCCAGGGAAGAGUCAUUUCCGGUGUUACAGAAAAGAAUCGAUGAUUUCGAAGAGGAAGAUAUAUGUGGGUUAUCUUCUGAAAGAAUGUUUUCGAAAAGGAUAAUAGGUGGUCGGGAAGCUGCAUUUGGACAGUAUCCCUGGCAGGCUUACAUUAAAAUAGCAACAUAUCAGUGUGGAGGAGUGCUAGGUACUAUGAUAGCACAAGCUAUCUCCAACUAG